CAAAUGGUUUCUCUUCAACAAUCCGACUCUUCUAGUCCGGGUCGGUUUCAAAUAACCCGACCCUACUACACUCCUCCUCCAUCCUCAGCUGCUUCUUCUUCAUCCAGCUUCCAGAAACAUCUUGGCCGUUCAAUGCGUACCGUGCGUUCCAGUUUCUCACACUCAGGAUACACAAACAACAGCUGUUCCUCCUUCGCCGCCUCUGCAGAACAGGAACAAACCCUCCCACCCUCUGUCGAAUUAGACAACGUCACUGAUUCCUUCAUAGAUACGCAUUUGCAACAGCUUGCCACCGCUAAGUUAUCCAACUCAUCCUCUUCUGUGACGUCAUCAGAUGGAUAUUACGGACUCUCGCAAAUGUUCAGUGAUUUCUCCGCCUGUAGUAGUGACAUAUCUGGAGAGCUACAGCGUCUGGCUUCAACAUCAGAGGAGGUAAAGAAAUUGACUGAAACUGAUCGAAAGAAUUUACAGGAGCCGGAGCCCUGCUUAGGGUUUCUCCAGCGCGAGAAUUUCUCUACUGAGAUAAUUGAAAACAUUCCACCUGAAGAUUUACAACCCACGGUUAAGAUCUGUGUGGAUAGUCUAAGUUCGAGUUCGAUUGCUGUCAAGAGAUCAGCAGCUGCCAAAAUUCGGUUGUUACCGAAAAACCGAGUGGAUAAUCGAGCGUUAAUCGGUGAAUCGGGUGCUGUACCCGCGUUGAUUCCGCUGCUUCGUUGUGUUGAUCCUUGCACUCAAGAACACGUUGUCACUGCGUUAUUGAAUUUAUCUUUGUUAGAUGAUAAUAAACCGUUAAUUGCUGGUGCUGGUUUAGUGAAAUCUUUAAUAUAUGUGUUGAAAACUGGCACAGAGGUGUCGAAACAGAACGCAGCAUGUGCGUUAUUAAGUUUAGCAAUGGUGGAGAGAGUAUUUAUUGAAGAAGAUGAAGUGAAAAAACAGGGGUUUAGGGUUUUAUUUAUAGAGGGAGGUAAAAUGACCAAAUUAGACAUCAUGUGCUAG